UCUUUUAUUUACAACGAUCAACGCCGAAGUCAAUCUUGCGAGACCUUCAGACGCAGCAGGUCCCAACUAGUCUCAAAUACUUUACAUGCUCGUAUUAUAUGCAAUUCAACUGAACCAUUGCUGAAAUGUAUUUUCUCAUGGAGAGGCUCAAAUCGAAAGGAAGAAUGAGAGAGUUCCUCGCAGUAAUUGUCCUCCUCCAAAUCUUUCCAGUUUCUCUUGCAGUCCAAGAGCAAGAGUGUAAUUUGGAUACUCAUUUUAAAUGUGCCAAGAAUCAUGUCUGCAUUCCUAAAAGUUUUCAUUGUGAUCAUGAUUUUGACUGUGGUGUCGGUGAUAAUUCAGAUGAAGAAAGUUGUGAUCACCUUUUCGAUCAUGAAGACUGUCAUGGUAUGCAUAUGUGCAAUAUUUCUAAAAACUGUAUUUCUCUUGCAUCAUUGUGUAAUGGAGAGUUUGAUUGUGGAGAUCAUGAUCACUCAGAUGAAGAAAAUUGUCAUCACAAUUUGUCACAUCCUGUUACGUGCAAACCAGAUGAACUUCCAUGUGCAGACAAAGUAAAUUGUAUUCCUGCUAAACACUUUUGUGACGAAGUAAUGGAUUGUCUAGAUUUUAGUGAUGAAAAUAAUUGUAGUGGGAAAUGUUCAGAGUUCCAAUGUAAAUCUGGUGAAUGUAUUGAAUUCGAUUUGAAAUGUGAUGGGACUGUUGACUGUAUGGAUGAAAGUGAUGAAGAUUAUUGCCCACCAUGGAGCAGACAUGUUUCCAAUUGUUUGCUUGAACACCACUUGUUUCUUUGUAAAGAUAAAUCAAGAUGUUUACCACAAAGUAAAGUGUGUGAUUCCAAAUUUGAUUGUCUUGAUGGUUCCGAUGAAAAACAACUUUGUUCUAAUGAUUCAUGUCACAAUUAUAACUGUUCUCACGAUGUAUUUAACACCCCACUUGGCUGUAAAUGUGUGUGUCCCAUAGGAAUGAAAUACAGUGGUGACAAAUGCAUAGAUAUUGACGAAUGUGAAAAUUAUGCACAGUGCGACCAAAUAUGCCAUAAUACAGAAGGCUCAUUUCAGUGCCUCUGCCAUGAAGGAUAUUCAAAUAAACAUGGUGAUAUAUGCAUUGCAGAAGAUGAUACUCAUCCUUUAAUGGUCUAUUCAAAUGAGAAUUCAAUUCAGGCCUAUUAUCUUAGAAAUGAGCAUUUUUCUGAAAUGGUAGAAUUUGAUGGGAAAAGUGCAGCUGUUGCGUAUGAUGGACAUUCUUUGUACUGGAGUUCUAUGAAAAGUAAUGGCCAUUCAUCUAUAAUACGUUCGAACGAAUUUGGCCUUGAAAAAGAAGUUGUGGUAACAUCAGGAUUGUUAAUGAUCGAAGAUUUAUCUGUUGAUUGGAUUACUAGAAAUAUAUAUUUCUCCGAUUCUGGUAAAAAACAUAUUGGUGUUUGUUCUAACGACGGUAUCAAUUGUUUACCUAUAAUUAGCAACGUAACCAACGUUUUUUCUUUGGUGUUGCAUUCUAAUAAAGGGAUGUUAUUUUUUUCAUCUUUGGAUGUACAUUUACCAUGUAUCGUAAAGGCAGGAAUGGAUGGAAAUAAUAAAGAAAAUAUUGUAGCAAAAGACAUCUGGCCAAAUGCCCUUGCUUUGGACAUUCCAAACAAUAGGUUGUAUUGGUCUGACGCUAAAUUAACUGCCAUUGAAAGCAUAAACCUUGAUGGAUCCAACAGAAUUAGACUAUCUUUAUCUAAAACUAUUGGUUCGAUAUUUUCUUUGGACGUCUUUGAAAAUAGACUUUACUGGACUGAUGUAAAAACAAAUGAGUUGAUAUCAUGCAAUAAAUUUAAUGGAAGAGGUUAUAGAAUAAUUAAGAGGACACAUGAGAAAAUGUUUGGUAUACACAUUUACCAUCCGGUGUUGUUCAAACAAAUAAAAAACCCGUGUAAAUAUGCUUCCUGCAGCCAUUUGUGUCUUCUUUCACUUCAUAAUUCAAGUGAUAUAACAUACACUUGUGCUUGCCCUACGGAUAUGUUUUUAACAGAAAACAAGCAUACAUGCAAAUCUUUUAACAAAAAGGAACAACUAAUUGUUGCAUCUAAUGCUGCUAUAAACAUAAUAAAUUACCAUUCAUUUGGUAGAAUUGAAUUCGAUCAUAUCACUCAUACUGUGGUUACAUCUCUUGGUGCCGUUUCCUAUGAUUCUCAUUCAGGUGACAUCAUUCUUAGUGAUUUAAAUGAAGGAUCAAUUAUUGCAUUCAACCCUAUCACAAUGCAAGUUAAACAGCUUCAUCACUCCAAAAAUGCCAAGAUUGUCAGCAUUGAUUAUGACCCGCUCGGAAAUAAUUUGUAUUGGGUGGAUGCGUUUACAAAAUCAAUUCAACUGCUCAAUAUGCAAACACUCCUUAAUGUUAAAUUGAUUCAGGAUUUAGGGAAUGACGUUCUGCUAGAUUUAGUUUUGGAUUUGAAUGACAGAUAUUUAUUUGUUGCUCUUAUGUAUGGUAAUCACAUUCACAUAGACAGAUUUUCUAUGGAUGGAGACAAAAAAACGAGAAUACAUUUAGCUGAAAAGAAUUUUGUUGGACCACGAAUAGCAUUAGCUUUCGAUCAUCAGCUAGAUAAACUACUCUGGUCAGAUUAUGGAAAUGGUGCUAUAUACUCAAUUGACAAAACUGGUUCUAAUAGAGAAAAACUCAUAGCACCCGAGACAGCAUUGAGUGAUAUUGCUGUAAUGGAGGACACCUUGUUUUGGGUUAAUGUUAAGUCAAAUAAGUUACAUUGGGCGAACCAUCAUGAUGAUUUAUUAGGCAGUGACAUAUCUCUUAGAUCAAUGAAUAAUAAUACCGAGUUGAAAAUAGCUAAAAUUAGUAUGCCACAUACAAGUUUAAAUAACGAAUGUCAUUCUGUUGAUGCGCAAUGCAGCCAUAUUUGCAUUCCUCUGAUAAAUAGAAAGCAAUGUGUUUGCCCAGAUGAAUUGGAUUUGGAUGAGAACGGUUUGCAUUGUAUAAAACCUAAACUGUGUGGAGACAAUGAAUUUAAGUGUUCAAAUGGAAAAUGUUUACCAAUGGAAGUAAAAUGCAAUAGAAAAAAUGAUUGUCCUGAGGGAGAAGAUGAACAACAUUGUGAAAACCAUACUGUUACGUGUUUGAUGAAUACGUUUCAUUGUUUGAACGGAAAGCAGUGCAUUGAUAUUCAUAAACAUUGUGACGAUACACCUGAUUGUAGCGAUGGUUCAGAUGAAUUUGACUGCAGGCCCACAGGUUGUCAACAAGGUGAAUUCCAGUGUUCAUCAGGGGGGUGUAUACAUGCUGCUUUACAGUGUGAUGGUGUCAUAGACUGCAGUGAUGAAAGUGAUGAAAGCAAUUGCCGAGAUUUUAGUUGUACCAAUGCAAAUGAAUUUAAAUGUGGAAAUGGCGCUUGUAUUCCCAAAUCAUGGGAAUGUGAUGGAGAAGUCAACUGUGUAGACCACAGCGAUGAGCAUCAGAAUUGCGCCAAACAUUUGGAGUGCUCACAUGACCACUUCAAAUGUGACAACGGUCACUGUGUGCAUAAUGAUCUGAAAUGCAAUGGAGAAGAUGACUGUGAUGAUAUGUCUGAUGAAAGGACGUGUUCUACACAUGUCAUUAAUGUAAAACAUGAAAAAAAAUGCACCGAUGCUGAAUUUGCUUGUGAAUCAGACCUUUCAGUUUGUCUUCCACAAACGGCAAAGUGCAAUGGAACUGCUGAAUGCCCAAGAGGUGAAGAUGAGAAUUCCUGUGGUGAUUGCAUAGAUAAAUUUAAGUGUCAAAGAAGUAAUAAUUGCAUUCCAAAAGACUGGGUGUGUGAUGGCGUAAAUGACUGCGCUGAUUAUUCUGAUGAAAUGAAUUGUCAAGAAACCCAUGUUAAAAUUACCUCAAAGAAGUGUGAUCAUUUUCAAUGUUCCACAACUAGUGAAUGCCUUGCUUGGGAUCAAGUUUGCGAUAAUGUUACCGAUUGUGCGGAUAAAUCUGAUGAAGGACCCUCUUGUGAUACGAGUUGUAUUAACUCCAGAUGCAGCCAUAAAUGUCAGAAAAUGCCAAAUGGCCACAAAUGUUUUUGUCCUUCUGGAUUCAGACUAGAUGGAAAUGGCAUUAAUUGUGUGGACAUCAAUGAAUGCGUUUCGUUAAACGCUUGUUCUCAGUACUGCAACAACACAGUUGGUUCAUUUAAAUGUUACUGUGAAUCAUCACAGUACAAAUUAAGAAGCGACAAAAUAAGCUGCAAAGCACUUGGCCCAGAAAUGGCAUUUGCAUUUACAUCAAAUAAAGAGAUCCGUUGUCGCACCUCUAAUAAUAUUGAUUUAGUAAAAUUGGAUUUUGAAAUAAAGGACAUUACUGGAUUUGAUUUAGAUAUGAGAUCACGUGUGGCAUAUUUAUCUUCUGAAUAUAGCAAUACUUUAAUAAAAGUGAACCUUGAGAACAGAAAGAUGUAUCAAGUGAAAAACGUACUCAAACCAACAAAAGUUUCUUAUGAUUGGUCAACAGGAAAUGUGUAUUUUGUGAAUAAUAAAAAUUCGAUUCAUGCAUGCAAUUUUGCAAAGGAAACUUGCGCAAAGAUAUACUCUGCCAAAUCAGAUGUGACAAUUGAUGCGCUUAGAAUUGAUUCAAAAGACAGGUCAAUAUUUUGGAGUGAAUCUCACUCAUUGAUGGUAUUAGAUGCUAAGAGUGCACUUAAAAAAUCAGAUCUUGCUGGUAAGGAUGUAAAAGUACUAACUGACCAAGGGAUCAAGAAAGUUGGAGAUAUCGUCUUAGAUAGUAUCAAUCAUGUCAUGUACUGGACCGAUUCCAUCGGGAAGAAAGUCGAAAAGAUGUCCUUUGAAGGGAAAAACCGGCGAAUCAUCUUUGAUAAUAUUGAGGCUGAACCUUUGCAUUUGAAUGUUUUCGAAGAUCACAUUUUUUGGUUAAAUGGAAAAUGUUCAGAGAUGCAUAAAAGAAUGCCAUCACCAAUCCACCAAGAAUAUACCUAUAUAACAAAAUGUGGUUUGUUUGGCCGAGUUUACCGAGAAUGCGAAACUAUUAAAUUAUUGCCGUCUAACAACAAAAUUCAACAUUUUCGAAUUCUUCACUCUGCACUUCAGAUGUUGACAGAUAAAGAUUGUGAACACCUUAGCUGUUCAUACAUGUGUGUUCAGAGAAAAAAAAUUCCGUCUUGCAUCUGUUCUGAUGGAUCUCUAGUAAAGCCAGGUCAAAAUUGUUCUGCUUCACACACAGAUACAAUUUUUGAAGAACUGUUAUCGGACAACCACAAAAAUAAUUAUAAUUUGUUAAAAAAUCCUUCUACAUCGUACAAAUGGCUAUGGUGGAUGUUGUUCAUGGUACCUCUUUGGGGUUUAAUAAGCUGGUUAAUCUAUUUCUACAUUGUUACAUUUGUAAAGAGUUACUCAAGUGGAAAUAAAACUAUUCCUGGUGUUGUGCACUUUCACAAUCCCUCUUUUGGACUGAACGAAGAAUCUGAAGAGGCAAGAUCUACUAAUCCUCUUAUCCCAGGAAAUCAUUGUUACGAGAAUCCCAUUAACAAGGAAAAUUCCUGGAACAUCAAGCUCAUUUGUAAUAAUGAGAUGAAAAAUUUGCAAGGGAAAAUAGCAUGGCCCUCAUUGAACAAAGAGGCAAAGAAGAAUGAAACUGGAAAAAUGGCUGAUGACAGCCUAAUCAAUAUGAAUGUUUAGAGAUUAUAUUUUAUUUUGUUAUUUAUUAUAAAAGUUUAAAUGUGAUAUUUAGAAAAUUGGAAAUGAGAAGAAAAUAAAAUGUUUUCACUUGUCAUAUCAAGCUAGUGCUGAACAAACUUUAAACAAUACUAAUUUACAUCAAUAUGAGUUGUAAGCAUAUUACAUGUUAUUUAUUGCUACACUACAUAAAAAUGUAAAUGAAAUAGUUAUGUUCUCAGCAACUAUAACAAUGUGAUAAAAACAGUUUUUUUGAAAAUGCAAUUUUAAAUUGUGAUAUUUUUAUUUUGUUUUUAAACUUUUAUAGAUUGUUACUUCAAUUUUUGUUGUGCUAAUAAAUGCUAAAUACUAAUAA